AUGUCUGUUGCCAAUCGCCUAAGAAGAGUAAGAAAGCAGCCACCAGAAGGUUGGGAUCUGAUCGAACCUACGUUAAAUGAAUUUGAAGCAAAAAUGAGGGAGGCCGAGACUGAACCCCACGAAGGGAAGCGAAAAACGGAGACCUUAUGGCCUAUAUUCAAGAUCCAUCAUCAGCGGUCUAGGUACAUCUAUGAUCUGUAUUACAAGAGGCAAGUCAUCAGUAAGGAAUUAUACGACUUUUGCCUUGAAACAAAACUAGCUGACGUUAACUUAAUAGCGAAAUGGAAGAAACAGGGCUAUGAGAACUUAUGCUGUUUAAGAUGCAUUCAAACGAAGGACACAAACUUUAGAACGAAUUGUAUUUGUCGGGUUCCAAAGAGCAAGUUGGAUGUGGGAAGAGUGAUUGAAUGCGUUCAUUGUGGGUGCAGAGGAUGCUCUGGUUAG